AUGGAGUCUCCAACACGUCCCAUCCUGAGCCCCUCAAAAGCACUGAAUCCGGUUUCGCCGGAACGCAUGAAUCAACAAAACAUACCCGCAUCUCCCUCACUACCUUCCGAUCUUCUCACACUACACCACAAGAGCACCCGGGGUGUUUCGGAAGUUCAAGCCAAAGUGGCGUUUUUAAAUGGCCUCUCUCAAGGAGGCAGCCCGGCCAACUCUGCAGCAAAUAAUGCCGCUCUACAGCGGGCUAUCUUGGGCCGCGAGGAAGCCGAGUCGGCCCUAGCCACCGCACAAGAAGAUUUAUCCGAAGCACAAACACGAGAACGCCGGAUCAGUGAACGCCUCGAGUCAUUACUGGAAGAGCUUCACGGGACAAAAGAACGCCAGGCCCACGAACGAUCAAUUUUCGAAAAGGAAAUCCGAAAAGCCCGGAAAGAAGCUUUUCGGGCCGGAUCGACCUUGGUCAAACUUCAAGAAGAAUUGAAACAAGCGAAAUCAGAGGUCAGAGCACUGAAAGAUGAAGUGGGGGCAGAACGCGAGGCGAAGGAUAAGGCCAAACAGGAGGCAUUCGAACGCGCCUAUGCUCUGGCUGGUCUUACAGAGGAACUCGAAGUCCUGAAAGAGAAAUUCCGUGCCCUCGAAACAGACAACCGCUCGAGCACCCUCGAAGUCCGCGCCCAUGAGAUUCGGAAAGAGGAUUUCGGAAGACUGUCAAUAGCAGAGGGCGACCUCGCCUUUUUGACCACCCCGCGCAGACCGAAGCGAGCCGCUGCGGGAUCUGUUUUAUCCCCAGCUCCGGCACGUGAAGAAGAUCAUGCAGAAGCCACUCCUCCCAAACGCCCACGUUUGUCUGAUUUUACACCAAAGACAGAGAGUAAACAACCCGAAUCCGAGACGGGUGCUGAAAUGGACGAGGAUCUCUUGGAGGGGAUGAAGGAAGAGCUAGACUUCGAACGUCGUCGCAGAGUCGCAGCUGAAGAUAUGGUUCAUUUCCUGAAUAUCGAGUGCCAGUUCGAACGCUGCUCUUGCAGGCUUGCUGAGAGCCAAGGUCGUCGCUACAUCUACGACGCUGAGUACUAUCACAAAUUUCAAAAGCCUCAGAUUGAGGCGGAAGAGAAAGCUCGUGCUCAACAAGCAAGCAUUCAGCAAGCCCGUGUGGACCAAGCACAGUCUCACCAAGCUAGCACCCCCGAGGCCAGCCCUCCCCCUCCUCCACCUCCCGUCCACCGAUCUCCUGUCCACCAGGCCCCCACCCCCCCAGGUGGGAUCUCCUCAACACAGUGUCCACCAGGACGAACCCGAGCCAAGUCUGUGAAGGCCGAACCCACGGAUCUUCCCAAGAUGCAGGUGCCAGCCGAGCCCCUAGUCACGUUUUCUCCAGAGACCGGCACAUUCACGACAUUCCCAUCUCCUCUCCGAGAUAACGUCAGACCUCUGCGGUUGGAUUUUUUCGACGCACCUGAUCUCGCCGAGCCUCAGCCAGAUGUCCACAAAGUUCAUGCUGAUGCCUCUGCAUCACCCGACCAACAGGUCGACUCGUUUACCCCCUCUGGGGAGCCGACUCGGGCCAGAAUGCCUCGUCCCAUCCAAUCAGAUGGUGUCGCCGCACACUCGCGUGCACCGCCGUCUGUGGAGGCAAGGCCGUCGAGACGUGUCGAGAGAGAUCCCCAUGGAUACCGCCAGCCCAUCAACCCCCCAAAGAGAGCUCCUUCUCGACAAGAGCCACAGUCACAGCGCACUUCACACCCUGGCGUUCCCAACACACCCAUCGACCGCGAACAAGCACUCGCACAGAUCAGGGCACGACGAGGCCGUACCCAUAGCAAGCAGCGAUCAGUCAGUGCCAGCGAGCCUGGCCGUGCAGCUCGUGCCUCAGCGGGAUCCAACCCGACCCCUGCUCGGGGACCUCGACGCCUUCCAAACCCCAAUCUUCGGGCUGAUUCGAGGACCGAGAAUGAACUUGGUGAACGCCGAGAUAUGAGCGCUCCUGUUCGGAUGUUCCGACGUUAA